UUUAGUGUAGUCUACUCUCCAAAGCAAACAAAAAACCGUUCCUCUUUAUUAUUCCAAUUCCAAAGUUGGCGUAGUAAUUAAGGAAAGAAGCCGAAUGAGAACAACUUCAUCUUCUUCAAUCCUAUCACUUCGCACCGUCUUCGUCUUCUUCUCCUUCUUCUUUCUCUUCUCGUUUCGAUCUUCCUUUGGAGACUGUUCAGAGUACGAUCACGCGCCAAUGGCUACGCUCGGAGGCUUGCGCGAUUCCCAAGGAUCUGAGAACACCCUAGACACCGAAGCCCUUGCUCGUUUCGCUGUUGACGAGCACAACAAGAAACAGAAUGCACUUCUGGAGUUUGGGAGGGUGUUGAAGGCACAGGAGCAGGUUGUUGCUGGCACUAUGCAUCAUCUUACUAUUGAGGCUAUUGAAGCCGGCGAGAAAAAGAUCUACGAAGCCAAGGUAUGGGUGAAGCCCUGGAUGAACUUUAAAGAACUCCAAGAGUUCAAGCAUGCUGGUGCAUCGCCAUCAAUUACUGCUGCAGACCUUGGUGUCAAGAAAGAUGGUCACAAACCAGGAUUACAAACUGUGCCAACAAAUGAUCCUCAAGUUCAAGAUGCUGCAAACCAUGCUAUAAAGACCAUCCAGCAGAGGUCCAAUUCAUUAGUGCCUUAUCAGCUUCAUGAGGUGGUUGAUGCAAAAGCUGAGGUCAUUGAUGAUUUGGCAAAGUUUAAUUUGCUGCUGAAAGUGAAGCGGGGAGAAAAGGAAGAGAAGUUCAAAGUGGAAGUGCAUAAAAAUAAUGAAGGUCGAUUCAAUCUGAAUCAGAUGGAACAAGAUCAUUCCUAAUUCUAAUGAGAAAACUAUAGGGGUCAUGAUCCCUUAACUUUGCGCCUUCUAAUGCUAUAUAGGAUCUUUGUAUGACUCGAUACACUUUGAUACUUCAUCGGAUAUUUGCUAUUGUGAUGGCUUACCUAUUAUGUAUCCGUAUUUAUCUCUUUGUAUGUUGGCUUCGAGAGAUGAGAAAAGAUCACGAUUUAUAGUAUAAAUUGUUGCAUA